UGCUAAAUAUAAACCCCAAUACCCUGUUCUUCCUCUUCACUCAACAACAAAAAGAAUAUAAUCAACCAAUCCUCUUUUUCUCUUUUAGAUUCAAAGUAAGAAAAAUGGCAUCCAAAAUCAAUGUGAUGGCUCUAGUUAUGGUACUAAGUGUAGCCAUUUUUUUUAAUGGAGCUUUAGGUCAAUCAAGUUGUAUGACUACACUAGUAGGAUUAUCACCAUGUUUGAACUAUGUUAGUGGAAAUUCAUCAACACCAUCUUCAUCUUGUUGCACAUCACUAGCUGGUGUUGUCCAAUCCAAUCCCCAAUGCCUUUGUAUGUUGGUUAAUGGUGGUGGUUCUAAUCUUGGCAUUGCCAUUAAUCAAACUCUUGCUCUAGGAUUACCUAGUGCAUGCAAUUUACAAACUCCUCCUCUCAGCAGGUGCAAUGCUGCAAAUGGACCAACUGCUUCAGUACCAGCAAGUUCUCCUACAGGUUCAACUACCCCAUCCGAUUCCUCUAAUGAAAUCCCAGCAACUCCAUCAGGAACAGGUACUACGGGUUCUAAAACAGUUCCUUCAACACCUGGAUCAUCAGCAGCAGCAGGAAGCAACACAAAAGUUUCUAUGACUACUACUUUAGUUGGAUUAUUCCUCCUAUUUGUUACAUCAUCAUUUGCUUUGACUACAAGGGGAUUCUGAGUUUUUGGAGAAAAUGUUAUUUUUAUGUCAAUCUUGUAUUACUAAUAUUAACUGUUAUUAUUAUUCUUUUGGUUCCUUUGUAUUAGGAGUGUCAUGCUGAUUGUAAUUUACCUAUAUAUUAUUGUUGUGGCUUCAUUUUGAGUGAUUAA